GAAAUCUAUGAAGAAGUGAGGAAGCAGUUAUGGCUAGCAGGGCCUUUAAUAUCUGUGUCUGUACUAAAUUACUGUCUACAAGUUAUAUCUGUUAUGUUUGUGGGCCAUCUUGGAGAACUCGCUCUAUCUAGUGCUUCAAUGGCUACUUCUUUUGCCUCUGUCACUGGUUUUAGCCUAUUGGUGGGAAUGGCUAGUGCAUUGGAUACCGUAUGUGGCCAGUCAUAUGGAGCAAAGCAGCACCAUAUGUUAGGCAUACACAUGCAAAGAGCCAUGCUUGUUGUUAUGAUUGUUAGCAUACCCCUAGCAAUUACUUGGGCUAACACAAGAUCCAUUCUAAUUGCCCUUGGCCAAGAUCCUGAAAUAUCUGCAGAAGCUGGACAAUAUGCUAAGCUAAUGAUUCCAAGCCUUUUUGCCUAUGCCCUUCUUCAGUGCCUGAACAGAUUCUUGCAAACCCAAAAUAAUGUAUUUCCAAUGAUGUUCAGUUCUGGAGUUACUACUUUGUUACAUAUUUUUAUAUGUUGGACUUUAGUAUUCAAAUCUGGACUAGGGAACAAAGGAGCUGCCAUAGCUAAUGCUAUAUCUUACUGGAUAAAUGUCUUGAUCCUAACACUCUAUGUCAAAUUUUCUCCCUCAUGUUCAAAAACUUGGACUGGAUUUUCAACAGAAGCAUUGCACGGCAUCCUCUCUUUUCUGAGACUUGCAAUUCCUUCGGCUGUUAUGGUUUGCUUGGAAAUGUGGUCAUUUGAAAUGAUGGUUCUCCUUUCUGGCCUUCUUCCAAAUCCAAAAUUAGAAACAUCAGUGCUUUCAAUCUGUUUGAAUACUUCGACAACUAUUUGGAUGAUUCCCUUUGGACUCAGUGGAGCUGUAAGCACGCGUGUCUCAAAUGAACUAGGAGCUGGUUAUCCAAGGGCUGCACGUUUAGCUGUGUAUUUUGUCUUUAUAAUGGCCAUUAUUGAGGGCGCCUUUGUUGGAGCAGUGAUGAUACUAAUACGCAAUAUUUGGGGCUAUGCGUACAGUAAUGAAGAAGAAGUGGUCAAAUAUGUAGCUAUCAUGUUGCCAAUUCUUGCUUCAUCCAUUUUCCUUGAUGGACUACAGUGUGUUCUUUCAGGAACAGCUAGAGGAUGUGGUUGGCAAAAAAUAGGUGCUUUCAUUAAUCUAGGAUCAUACUAUUUAGUUGGGAUUCCAUCAGCUAUCUUAUUUGCUUUUGUAUUGCACAUUGGUGGGAAGGGGCUUUGGCUAGGGAUCAUAUGUGCACUCGUUGUUCAAGUGUCAUGUCUUUUGAUCAUUACAAUACGAACUGAUUGGGAACAAGAGGCAAAGAAGGCUAAGGAUAGAAUCUAUGAUUCAAUGAGAGCUGAAGUCAUAAUCUCAUGA